GCGGGUGCCUGCGCGGGGGAGUAGAGCGGCGACGGGGCGGGCGGCGGCGCUGUGCGAGCCGGGCCGCCGGAGGGGACGCGCCGUCGCCGCCCGAGCGGAGCUGAACCGAGCCGCGCCGAGCCGAGCCGAGCCGAGCGGAGCUGAACCGAGCCGCGGCCGCAGCAGCAGCAGCGGGGCGCAGCCCAGCCCCGGCCCCGAGCCGGGGGCGCGGCGCCGAUGCGCGUCCCGGCGGCCCGCCGCGGCUGAGCGGCGAUGGGCGCCUGAGGCGGCGGGAGGCGCGGCGCGGCGCGGCCCGUCCCGCCGCCGGGAGCAGCAGCGGCGGCGGCGGCGGAAGAUGGCGCGGCCCCGCGGCGGGCGGUGGCUGCUGGGCGUGCUGCUCGCCCUGUGCCGCCUGGCCGCGCCGCUCGCCAAGAGCCUCGAGCCCGUCUCCUGGAGCGCCGGCAACCCCAAGUUCAUGACGGGGAAAGGGCUGGUCAUCUACCCGGAGAUUGGGGAUAAACUGGACAUUAUCUGCCCCAAGGCGGAGCCGUCCAAGCCUUACGAAUAUUACAAGCUGUACCUGGUGAGGAAGGACCAGGCAGAUGCCUGCAGCACCGUCAUGGAUCCCAACGUGCUGGUGACUUGCAAUCGGCCCGAGCAGGAGAUCCGCUUCACUAUCAAGUUUCAGGAGUUCAGCCCCAACUACAUGGGCCUGGAAUUCAAAAGACAGCAGGAUUACUUCAUUACAUCCACCUCUAAUGGGACUCUGGAUGGCCUGGAGAACAGAGAAGGAGGCGUCUGCCAGACACGCUCCAUGAAGAUCGUCAUGAAAGUGGGGCAGGAUCCGAACGCGGUGAUCCCAGAGCAGCUGACGACGAGUCGGCCCAGCAAGGAGUCCGACAACACGGUGAAAAUCGUCACGCAGAGCCCACGCAGCAAGGUCCCUGCGGUGGAAGAGCCUGGGAAGCCAGGUUCUGUCAACCAGGACGGGCAGGAAACCCAAAGUCCCAGCGACGGGUUCUUCGGCUCCAAGGUUGCAAUCUUCGCUGCAAUUGGUGCCGGCUGCGUCAUCUUCAUUCUCAUCAUCAUCUUCCUCGUCGUCCUCCUGAUCAAGAUCCGCAAGCGGCACCGGAAGCACACGCAGCAGCGGGCCGCCGCCUUGUCCCUCAGCACCUUGGCCAGCCCAAAAUGCAGCGGGAACGCGGGCUCGGAGCCCAGCGACAUCAUCAUCCCCUUACGGACUACAGAAAACAACUACUGCCCUCACUACGAGAAGGUGAGCGGAGACUACGGGCACCCCGUCUACAUCGUCCAGGAGAUGCCCCCCCAGAGCCCGGCCAACAUUUACUACAAGGUCUGAGGAGCAGCCUUGGCACCCGCCGACGCAGGAGCCCGAGAGCGCCGGGCGCCCCGGGGCAGCCGCCGGGUCCCCCCCGCGCUGGCUCCGGAGGGAGGGAGCGGAACGACGCCCGCGGCAAGACGCGGGCAGCGCCAGGGUCUGGCACCAGAUAGCGGAUCGCUCGCUCGCACGCUCUCGCUCUGUUUCUCCCCUUUGUAUUUAGUUUUGUAGUUCUCAGCUUUUGUAAUCCCGAGACUCGAGGGUGAGCCUUCAGUAUCCUCCUCUUCUUCUCCAGACUGCGUCCCGGCUCCGGUCGCGCCGGCCGGGCUGCGGGCGCCGUGCCUUUCCUCGCGCUCUGGACGCCGCCGGCAGACUCGGAAACGCCACGUCCCCUUUUGCGCUUUGGGAUUUCCCUCUGUCACCGUACGUCACCGCGUUAAGCACCCGCCUGUCUGGCGCUGCAUCGGCCGUCGCUUCGGGCCGGGAGGGUCCCGGGCGCCGAGCGAAUCCGUGGAGGAGAGCCCCGCUCCGCGCGGAGCCAGCAGCUUUGGCGGGGAGGAGGAGGAUGCUCUGCCUCGGUGCCAAGCCGCAGACAGCUGUGCAGGGAGGAAGCUGGCAAACCCGACUUACUACUACUACUAUUAUUAUUAUUAUAAUUAUUUUAAUUUUUUGUAACAUUUUUAUUUUUGUGAAUUCUGGUCCAGAGUCCCACCACUGCCGUCAGGCGCCCGCGACUGCCUCCCUCCGCCGUGCCGUCCCGCCGGCCGCCGCUGGAUGCGGACACAGACUCCCACCUUCUCCCGUUGCUGCCGUUUUAAACCUUUGUGUUCGUAGCUGUUGACUCUUGUUUUAGUCUCUUUAUAAAAAGAAAGAAAGAAAAAAAAAGUUAUAUAUACGAUGUCUCAAGCAUUCAGUGCGCGAGAGCCCAGGCGCUCGGCCUGCCCCGCGCGGGGCCACCACGUCGUCCCGCCUGCGGCUCCCCUGGAAGCUCCCGGCGGCUCCGCUGCCCUCGCUCCCGCGGACGAGCGGCCGGGCGAGGGCGGAAGAAGAGCGUUUGUGACUGCGGGACGAGGGGGGCACGGGGUAGUUGCACGUACCUAAGCGGCAGGUUUCGUCCCAGAGCCGUCGCUGGGGCAGGGGCUGCAGCGGGCUGGGUCGGGCUCCGGCCCUGCAGCCUUUCUCCUUGGAAGGAAAACUGGAAAACGGUUGUUUUUGAUCCGAGCUCGUGUUGGUGGUGGCCCGUGGCGUUGCUGGAAGCGAGCGCGUGAGCCGAGCCGCCGGCUCCUCUCCAUCCCGGUGGCCCCGUGCGGCGGCAGCCGGCCGAGCCGCGCCGUCUCCGGUGGGGAUUCCGCCGGGCCGGGGCUUCGCCAUCCUCACGCCCCGGCCGCGAGGGUCGCGUGCUGCCUCCUCCGGGCAGGACCGUUCCCGGCUUCCUCCGCUCUCGCCGGCGCCGGGAUGAGCACGGUGACCCUCGGUGGUGCCUGCGGCAUUCCCGCGCUGCAGCAUCCCCAUGCCGUGGCGUUCCCGCGCCGGCACACCGGGCAGCCGCCCGCUCCUUCCUUGCUUUCUUUCCCUGUCGGAAGUCGCCGCUUUUGCUCGGGGAGGAAGCGCGAGGCCGGAGCGGGCAGGGGCUCAGCGCGGUGGCGGGGGCACCUCGGUCCCUCUCCCCGGGCGGCCGGUGCCGUCGCUCGGCUCCGCCGAGGUCGGGAGGUGCCCAAAGAGCGCGAGAGCUCUGCAAAAGUGCCUUGAUGAGAGGAGGGCAGGGGGGGCGGCCCGGGGGCUCGGCGGGACGGGGGUGCGCGGGGCCGCGGCGGGGAGCGGGGGGGCUUGUGCUGCCUUUUCUUUUAUUUUUUUUUCUUAAAGCAGGAUGAAAGAGGAGUUUGGGGGGGAGCAGAGCAGCGCUCCCCAUCUCUCCGGCCCCGGCCGACGGCGCUGGGAUGAGGACGCUCCCCCCGGGGCGAUGGUUGCUGCUGCCUUUAGACGAGCAGAGCCUGAGCCGGGCACCGCGCAUCCCUGCCGGGUCCGGGGGUCCCGGGGGUCCCUGGGGGUGCCAGGCCGGCGCGGCUCCCCGGGGGUUUUGGGACGGGCUUGGGCACCCGCGGGAGAGGGGCAGCGGCUGCUCGCUGAUGCUCUCCAGGAGUUGGAUCGUGUCUCGGAGAGGAUUCCCCUUUCCCCCUUCCCGCGCGCGGAGCGGUGCCCGGGGCUGGGGGAGCGGGAUGCCCUGGCCCCCGCGGUGCAUUUGCAGGGAGUUUCACCCGGCGGAGCCGGCUCGGCUUUGGUUUCGGAGGGGAAGAGCCGGGUGAGGGGGUGGCUGGUGCCGAAAGCAAGCGCGGGGCUCUCCCGUCCCCCCCAGCCCUGCUCCGGGCUCCCGCUCCCGGCAUCGCUGGCGGGAGGGAGAAGGACGGAUCCACCCACCACCGCGGCAGCUGAGCGGCCCCCGUUGACCCAGCGCCUUUCGCUGGGGGCAGCUGGAAAAGCUUGUAAAUAUGUGAAGAAAGGGUGAAAUCUGAACUCUGGAUUUUUUGCUGAGCGCCGCGGUCUGCCGGGCCCGGAAAGGGAGCGUCCCCGGGCUCCUCUCGGUGAAGGGAGCGAAGGGUUUGGUUUUGGCUUUUUUUGUUUUGUUUUGUUUUGUGUAAAUACUAGUCUUUUUUGGAAGAAAUAAUGUAAAGAUGUUUUGUAUAAACUCCGAAUUAUUUUCUGGUUGCUUUUUCUUAGAAAAACAAAUGAGAACUAAAAAAAAAAAAAAAAAAAAAAAGUUUUAACCACGAGAACGGGUGUAAAACAUUGUCAUGCUGCGAGCCGAGCCGCGAGCUGCCCCACGGGGCCCAUCACGUCCGUGCGGUGCCGGAGGGCCGGACCCCAAACGCCCUGCGGCGGGGGCCGGGGGGGAGCCGCGGGCAUUUGCCUGCCGUGGGUGCAGGCGGGGGGAGCUUUCCCCCAUGGCCCGGGCACGGGCUAGGCGCUCAGCAACGGAGGGUCGGCAAAAAGAGCCUCAAGCUCAUCUCCCUUCUUUCUUUUUCAUUAAAAAAACAAAAAAAACCCAAAAAGCUCAUGACGUUUAAUUCAUUGCACCAUUUUGCAAAAAGCCCAUGAUGUUCAACUCAAUGCACCUUUUUGCAAAAAGCUCAUGACGUUCAACUCAUUGCACCGUUUUGCAAAAGGCUCAUGACGUUCAACUCAUUGCACCGUUUUGCAAAAGGCUCAUGACGUUUAACUCAAUGCACCAUUUUGAAAUCGAGAUCGGUUUUUCCCCGAGCUCCGUGGAGCUGCUCUCGCUGCAGACCCCCUUCUCCCACCGCCCCUUUCCCGUCAGAGCCGGAGGCUGGCGCGAGCCGCAGCUGGCAGGUCUCUCUUUGCCGUCCCAGUUGCUCCCAGUACCCAGCCAGUUGCUGACGCUCCGCGUUACACCCCGCGGGGCAGCGGGUGUUGUUUAGCCGGUGACCUUGAGCCAGGGGCGUUGCUCCCUGCACCGGCGGAGCAGCGUGCUGGUGCAGCCGGUCCCCCCCCCGACCGGCGUCCCACGAUGGGGACGGGGCUUCGGUUGGCGAAGCCCAGAGGAGCAGCUGAUGGGCGCAGGUGGCCUUGGGGGGUCCUGGGGGCACGGGGCGGGUGAGCUGCCCCUUGGGCUGCUGCACGGGGGCCUGGGGGGGACGUUGGCAAGGGGACGUUCCCCCCGGCCCGAGGGCACAGCAGGGCCGAGCAGCUCCCGUGCUGGUUGACCAUCCCCGGCUCCCGGUCGCGCUCCAUCACCGCGUCGGCUCCGGCUCCGGUUCCGGCUCGGCUCGCGGUCGCGCUUCCCCGGGUGACGUCGUCUUCUGUUCCUUCUCGUCAUGUUCCGUUUUUAUUCCUUUUGCCUUCUACACGGCUGCUUCCGCCCCGUCGCAUAUCACCGCCAUCGGGAAUCGAUACCGUGGAAUCGGAGUUCCACGGAGCCAUGAUGGAGCCUGAUAUAUUGUUAAAUAAAAGAUUUUUUCCUAUGGAAA